AGCAGGAUAAAGUGAUAACAAAGAGACAACAGAAAAUUAAAAAUGAAAAAGAUACUAUUCAUAAUGUUUUACCUUCAAGAUUUAUGUGAUUCGCUACCGUUAGCACAAAAACAGAAAGUUCUUACAUAUUCUAUUCCUGAAAAUAGAUCGUUGAAAAAGCUCCUCGGUUACAAUGAAGACACAUAUCUUAAUUUCACUGAAUUGACGACAAAAUAUAACUAUACCUACGAAGAACAUACUGUAAUUACUGAAGAUGGUUAUAUUCUAACAGUUUACCGAAUUCCGUCCACAUGUAAAGGAAUUUCAAUAUAUUUACCCGUUGUAUUAGUGCAUGGGCUAUAUGACAGUUCAGAUGCAUGGAUUCUAAGUGGUCCAAAAGAUGGCUUGGCUUAUAUUCUUGCUGAUAAUUGUUAUGACGUUUGGAUACCAAACACCAGAGGGAACAGAUAUUCUAGAAAGCAUAUUUUUCUGGAUCCAGACAAAGAUAUAGAAUACUGGAACUUUUCUUUUGAUGAACAAGGAAAUUAUGAUGUGCCUGCGGUUAUUGACUACGUACUUAAUGUGACUAGUGAAUCGAAAUUAUUUUAUAUUGGACAUUCUCAAGGUACGACUGACUUUUUUAUAAUGGCAUCAUUGCGACCAGAAUACAACAGUAAGAUCUAUCUUUCAGUACAACUUGCGCCAAUUGCUUGGUUUAAAUAUAUCAACAGUCCUAUUUUAAAGUUUAUUGCUCAAUUUUCACCAAUACUUAAGUCGUAUUUUGAUGCUUUUGGAGUCGGUGAAUUAUUAGCAAGAGGUCAACUAAUACAUAUAAUAGUUGAAUAUCUUUGUCAGAUUGCACCGCAAGAAGUUUGUGGCACUGCGUUAGGACUGACAACGGGUUUAGUGAAGGAUUCCAUACGUUCAAGUACACUUUCUGUAGCAUUUGGACAUCUACUUGUCGGUGUAUCUGCGAAAACAUUAGCUCAUUUUGGACAGUUAAUACUAUCAAAGAAAUUUGAACGUUACAACGAAGGUAAAAUUGGUAAUCUCAAAAGAUACGGCACAGAAAAAACACCGGAGUAUAACGUUACAAAUAUCUCAUCACCAGUACUUUUAAUUUGCAGUCAAAAUGAUUGGGUCUCAUCAUUGAAGGACGCUAAUGAAUUAAGUUCAAGACUAUCGAACUUGGUAGAGGCGUACAUCGUGCCAAACAUAUAUUGGAGUCACAAUAACCAUUUAUGGGGGAAAGAUGCGCAAAAAUUAGUAUUUAAGAAGAUACUUGAUUAUCUUCAUAGAUACAGUAACAACGAGAACUAACUACACACCAAAAUUUCUAGUUAUUAAGUUAGUGCUUCAAACCAAAUAUUGUAUAAUAAGUGAUAACUAAAUAUUAAAUUGUAUGAAAAUUAUAAUAUUACUAUAUGAUAAUGAUAGGAAUAAUGUAAUCUUGGGAACCCUACCGUGCGACCGCAGCUAUUUGGGGUCGAUUUUUUAUAUUAUUUAGUUUUAUUUUUAG